ACCUUGCGCCUGCGCUAUCCUAGUUUUCCACCCGCAUCUGUUUAGAGUGUUUGCGCGUGCGUUAAACCUGAUUUGUUUUUGUGUUCGGUUUGCCUCUAUAUUCUUUCUGAAGGGCAGAGGAAGGCACUUCGUCGAUAGUUAUGGGCUUAUAGUAGUUUAAAUUUCAGGCGCUACUCAUUGCAUAUACCGGAAGAAGACAGACCAGUGCAACAUCUGGAAUGAAACUACUGAUUACCAGAGAGCCUGCAACCAGCUUCUCAGGAGUCACCUUGGAAUUAUUGUUGCUGUCUUGCUUUUGGUAAGAGAAGGAGAAGAGGACAUUGAUUUCUAGCUGCAGGCAGCUGCAAUGAGACAAGCACUGGCUGCAAACAGGCGGUAACCAAUAGGUGACUGCCAGGUGCCAGCCUAAGGAGUAUUUUCUCUCUUUCAAGACACUUCAGACUUAGCACAGAGCGCUGGAAGUUUCUCCAUAAGAAGGUUUCUACCAGUUUAUUCUUCUCGGAAUACUAACAUCUCACAGGGCUGAAUUGGUUUCUCCAAGUGGAUCUUUUAUAGGAGUAUAGAAUUCUACCAGAAAUAAUGUAUUGUACCAUUUGAGAACACAGACCACAGUUGUAGAAUCCGCAAAGUGUUAUUUGAAUGAGCGAGAAAGAAACCAUCAAGGAUUCUGAAAUGUCUAGCCCACAUGAUUCAUCUGGUGAUGUACCAUCUGCAACAGUUGAUAAGUGGCUGAGUUGUAACAGAAGACAUUUUCCAUUUCCUUUGGUUAAUGACCAAGAAGAAAAUUCCCAUCUUGUUCAAAACGAGAAUGUAGAUGUUGGAGAAGGAUUAGUAGAGAUAUAUGGGAAGAAGAAGCAUAGACGAAGGGCUUCCAGGAAAAAACGACGUUUUAGGCCAUACAUUGAGCUUACUUGGGAGGAGAGGAAGAGACUUGAUGAGCGAGCAAGAGCAAGAGCUGCAAGAAUACUCGAAGAAAAAAUGGCAAAAGGUCUUCCAGUUGCUCCGUACAACAGUAAUGAGUUUCUGAUGGAAGAGCAUGAUCUGGCAAGGCCAGACUUAAAGAUUGACUUAAACCCUAAGCGGUCUCUUAGUCAAGUGGAUUACACAAGUGGGGAGGGGGAAGACACAGAGAGUGAUAGCAUAAGUGGGGAUGAAAGUGGGUUCCUUCAAAAGGACUUUUAUGAGACUUAUGAGAGACUGCAUGCUGAAGGCCUUGAGAAUAUGAGCAAAGAAGAGUUGAUUAGGGAGUACUUGGAAAUGGAGAAGUACUUACACCAGUUACAAGAGGAAAACAGAAAUCUGAGACGCCAGCUGAAGAUGCAAACACAGCCAGAGCCUGCAGUUACAGAAAAAGUAGAUGAGGAGGAAUAGGCCAAGACCACUGGAAUGUGAGUAGCAUCAGAUAUUUAUUUCUUUUUAACUCUGUAAAAGGCAGCAGAAGAAAUACGGGCUUGGGAAACUGCAAGCUGUUAACAGAAUAUAGAAGUAUGUUGUAUUGGAGCACUUCUGUUUACUGCUUCGUUUUUCUUUUUUGUCUCUGUGAAUAAAUUUAAAACCUCUAUUACA